UUACCUGUCCAGGUAGCUCGCAUUUCCCGGCGAGCGGCGGUGCCCGCAGCACCUGUCUCCCGGUGCGCGGGCGGGGAGGACGGCGCGGGGCAUGGCCUGGUAGAGGCCCCUGGGGAGACGGUGAGGAGUCCAGUCCGGAGCAGGGCAGGAGGCGGAGGGACGGUCCUCCCCGGCGCCUGCUCGGCCGGCGGCAGCAUGAAAAAGAACCAGACGGUGCAGGGCACCUUCAGCAAACUCUUCGGCAAGAAGCACGCCAACCCUCCCGCCACCUCCCUCUACGCCACCAACCCCCCCUGGAUUUUCACCCAGGAGGCCCCGGAGGAGGGGACCCGGCACUUCGACGGCAUCUAUUAUGGAGACAACCGAUUUGACACAGUGAGUGAGUCAGGAACCGCCACGCUGAAAGCUCGGCCAAGAGUCCGGCCCCUGCUGACCUUUCUUCCACUGGAUGCCCAGGAGAACCAUGGACUGGCUGUGCCCACCCCCUCUGUCCCAGACAGCUUUGCAGACAAACAAAUGACAGGCACCAGCAAGCUCAUCAACGGCAACCUCCGAUUAUACAGCUCUGUGGGGGACCUAAGGCCCAGGCACUAUGGCCAGGACUUGCUCAUCCCCCCGCCACCCCCGGGCCCAGCCCCGGCACCACCCUCAGACACUCCGCAGCCUCAAGAGGAGCCCUCACCACCACCUCCACCUUCCACAGCUCCCCCGCCUCCCCCGCUGCUGCUGCUGGAACCCCCGUCCCCGCCCAGCGUGGCCCCACCUCUGCCCCCAGUAAUGGGGGCCCUAUCCGCCGCACCCCCCCUUCCCUCCCCAUCCACACCCACCCCUCCGGACUUCAUUCCCCCUGCCCCACCCCCACCCCUUUUGCCAGCCCCGGCUCCCCCAGCUCCAGUGUCUCCUCAUACACCGGGGACUCACCCCUUCCCCGCUGUGGGUGUCACCAAGUGGAAAUCAGAGGUAGCGCUGAGUGACGGGCAGCCAGAGGCCCCCAGAGGCAGCCCCCCCAGGAGCCCUGCUGAGCCCAAGGGGAGCCUCCUGGGACCAGAGAUCCACCUCACCUUCCCCAGCUCGCUCAAGGUGCCUCCCCCAACCCCAGUCAGGAUUUCAUCCAUCUCCAGUCAGGAAGCACAAGGGGCUCUUCCUGAGGAAGGAAAGGCCACCAAGAAGGCCCCCAGUCGACUCCCACUGCCUCCCAGCUUCCACAUCCGCCCCGCGUCCCAGGUCUACCCCGACAGGGCCACUGAGCCAGACCAUCCCGAGGAGCCCAGGGCUACGGCACCAGCCAGUCCGAGGCCGAGCCAGUCCCAGGCCUGGACAAGUGAACAAGCCGAGACUCCACCUCCAGCCCCUCCCCUGCCCCCUCCUCCACCCCCACUCCCUCCCCCAGCACCCCCCCUGCCCCCAGCUGCCCCUCCUUUGCCAUCUGCUGAGAAGGCAGCCCCUCCACCGGCUGGGGUUAUGAAAAGACCCAAGUCCAGCUCUCCUGCUCCCAAACCCAAACUUGACCCCCCCAGCCCGGAGGACACAGCCUCUUCAGAGUCCGUGGACUGGCGGGAUCCCAGCCAGAUGGCAAAGCUGCGGAACGAGCUGUCAGCCUAUCUCUGUGGCUCCAGGAGAGAGGACCGGUUUGCCAGUCAUAGACCAGGCCCAAUUGCAGCCUCUCAGGGAAAGGAGAGCCAGAAGGGCCCCAGCCUGCCAGAGAAAGAGGCGCCCCCAAGCCUGCCAGAGAAAGAGGCGCCCCCAAGCCUGCCAGAGAAAGAGGCGCCCCCAAGCCUGCCAGAGAAAGAGGCGCCCCCAAGCCUGCCAGAGAAGGAGGCGCCCCCAAGCCUGCCAGAGAAGGAGGCACCCCCAAGUGUUCCUGAGGAGAGUCCUUGCAGCCAGCCAGAGAGGAAGGCUGCCACCAGCCUGACCCUCCCGCCUGUGGACUACAUCCCCCAAGACUUGCCAACUCCUAGCAUCUGGCAGAUCCGGAAUAAGUUGGAGGCCCAGCUUUCCUCAUCAGCAGAGAAGGAAGCCAAGCCCAGCAGAGGGUCUCUGCCUCCCAAACCUCAGCUAGAAGGGGGAAGAAUCUUUGAAAACAGGGCUGAUAAUGGCAAAUUCUCCAAGCCCGUGGCCAAGAAUCUGCCACCUCUAUCCACCACCCCUCUGCCAACCACACCACUCCAGUCCAAGGCCACGCCUGGACCAGCCACACCUGGACCAGCCAUACCACCCAAGGCCACACCUGAGCCAGCCACACCUGGACCAGCCAUACCACCCAAGGCCACACCUGAGCCAGCCACACCUGGAUCAGCCACACCACCCAAGGCCACACCUAAGCCAGCCACACCUGGAUCAGCCAUACCACCCAAGGCCACACCUGAGCCAGCCACACCUGGAUCAGCCAUACCACCCAAGGCCACACCUGGACGAGCCACACCACCCAAGGCCACACCUGGACCAGCCACACCACCCAAGGCCACACCUCUGCCCACCACAUCAUCCCAACUGAUAGCAGAGAAGAACCUAGUCCCAGCUGGGCAGUGGGAGAAGCCAGAACAUCAAGAACUUGCAGUGCCCUCCAAGUCAGAGGCAGAAGGGCGCUCCUCAGAGACCAGUAAGCCUACACAGGGAGCCCUCUCAUCUCCAGCCCUCCCCCCAAAGAUAUCCCCUGGCCGAGAAGAGGUGCCAUUUCUCUAUAAGCCCCAUCGCAGCCAGAACAGCCCCAGCAGAGAUGUGGCCGUGGUGAUGCCCACCCUGUCCAGAGGAGAGGCUGUAGGGUCAGGGGAGCCUGUGGAGGUGAAGGAUCCCCAGGGGCUGCCAGCCAAGCCCCCUGCCUCAGCCCCGCCCGCUGAGGAACUCCUCAGGCAUCCAGUGACAGGGGAGGUGGUGGAGCAGGGCUCCGCGAUGGCUCUGCUCCUUGCAGCCAGGCAGAGGGCACAGAAGGGGAGGUCCAGAGGGGCUGCCCUGGGCCAGUCCUCCCUGCCAGGGAGUCUCCGUGGCCACAGCCAGCCCAGGGCAGGCUCUGACAGCAUCUUCUACAACGACGGCCAGCCCAACUCCUUCACAGUGGUCCCCAAGGUACCCAAGGAGACUGAGAAGGACCCCCAGCUAACCUCGCCAGGACAGCCCAAGGUAACCAGUCAGUGGAAGCCCCAGACCCGCAGAGACCCAGAGGGCAUGGAGCCCAGCCGCGGGUACAGCUGGACAAAGACGGAGCCGCAGGCCCCCGUGGCCUGGGAAAGACCAGCGCCCUCCAGCCUCCCCCGGGGCCGCCUGCUGCCCAAGUCCUCCUCUUCCCCUCCUCCUUCCCACAGGAGGGAGGAGGUGGAGUUCAACUUUGAGGUCAUCCCACCGCCGCCAGAAUUCAGCAAUGACCCCGCGCCCCCGCCCCGCGCCCUGCAGUAUCUGGGGCGCCGGGGCUCCCCUCCCCGGAACAACUUCUCAGACUUGGGGCAGCUCGCGGACGCGGGCCCCGCUUGCGGCUUCUCGCUCUUUUCCGCCAGUGCGGGCCCCUCCGGGGCCGCCAGGGGCCUGGACCAUUUCUCGGGCGGGGGCCGUUCGCUUAUCAAGAAGCGCCUGUACGUCGUCGGGGAGACCCACCGCAGCCCCAGGCUGCCCCGGGGCGGCACUGGCCGCAGCCCGACCUCCCCCAACUGCUUCGGGCCGCAGCCCAGAGGGCCCUUCGCAGCGCCCGGACGCCCGGAGAUGCGGCGCGUCAACUCGACGGGUCGCGCGCCCCCCGCCGGCCUGCACGUGCGGAAGAUGUCCCUGGAGGGCGCCCCCCGCGGAGAGGCCAAGUACAAAGCGCCCUGCGGCGGCGGCGGCGGCGGCGGCGGCAACUGCGGCGACUGCGGCUGCGCCCCGGCUACCCGCAGCUCGAAGGCGAUGCUGGCUUCCCACCAUGAGUCAGCUGCCCAGGAUGGGCGGCCACUGAUUCCAGGCAGAGGAGCUGGGCUUCUUCCCUCUGACGGCACAGGGAUGGCCGGCUGCUGCAGACCCGCUGUUGGGGCCUCGGGAUGUUUUUGGCCAGGAAGCACCCUGCUUGGGCUCUCCAGCCUGUUCCUGUGCUACUGGGGCCACUGGAAAUGUUUCUGCCAAACGUGGAUCACACAACGAGAAGGAACAGCACCGCUGGGGGCCAGGGUGGCAGAAGCCAGUCAGGACCAACUUGUUCACUGUCCCGCCCACCUGGAAAGCCCUCCCUCAGGAGAAAGCCUUAUGGUUCUAGGGGUUUUAAAAAUUAAUUAUUUUUUUUUUUGGCUGCAUUGGGUCUUUGUUGCUGCCCAUGGGCUUUCUCUAGUUUUGGAGAGCGGGGGCUACUCUUCGUUGCGGUGUGCUGGCUUCUCAUUGCGGUGGCUUCUCUUGUUGCGGAGCACAGGCUCUAGGCGCGCAGGCUUCAGUAGUAGUGGCACACGGGCUCAGUAGUUGUGGCUCAUGGGCUCUACAGCACAGGCUCAGGCUCAGUAGUUGUGGUGCACGGGCUUAGUUGCUCCGCGGCAUGUGGGAUCUUCCUGGACCAGGGCUCGAACCCAUGUCCCCUGCAUUGGCAGGUGGAUUCUUAACCACUGCGCCACCAGGGAAGUCCCUGGUUUUUUUGUUGUUGUUGUUAAACAGCGAGCUCCCUGCACAGGGUUCUCAGGGCCUAGGAGGGAUCUAUGCACAGAGUGGGGACCCAGCAGACUUGCUGUUUUCCAUUUCUCCCACUUUAGUGUGGGAUCACGUGUCCAGUGCUGCUCUCAGGGGUGGGAUGCCACUGGCACCCCAACUGCGGGAUGCUCCCUUCUCAUUCCUGAAAACUGUAUUUCUUCAAUCUUGUCUUCUACAGACUGAGCCUCCGGUCUCCUUUAAGAUUUCCUCACAGCAGCGGUCUAUAUCCUGCCACUUCUUGUCACUGUCAUUUGUUUUCUGAGCCACUCAAAGAGGGUUUGGUAGUCUCCUGCUUCCUCUCUCUCUGUCUCUCUCUUUCCUACCCUAGCUGUGAUCUUCCUGCCCUUUGGCUCAAAACUUUCCAGCAUUUGUUCCAAAUAUCUGAGGUAGCACAAACCUCUAUCAAUUCAAUCCCACAGUUCGGUGAGGUGGGGGGCACCCAGUACAAGGCCAGGAGGCAGGCAAGAGGCUCACAGUCAAGUGCAGGAGACACACACACACACACACACACACACACACACACACACACGUAACUGGAAUAUAAAGCAGGAGAAUUCAAAGUUCUCCCACCCAGGGGAGCCGGGUGGUCAAACAGAGCAGGUGACCACGUGGGACACACCGUUUGUUGGCUCAGCACUGUGGUUGGCCCUCCUUGCUGGCCUGUGACCAGGUCAUCAAGGCUGCCCUCAGCCCUGUGACCCCGGAGGGAGUGCAUGCACAAGCGUGCAGAGGAAGGAGGUCUGCUGUCUGUUUGCCUGUUUCUCCUACAGUCUCUGACACUCAAACCCUUGGGAAAGGGUACCUGUUAUUGCUGACACGAACACACACACUGCUGAUAUCUUUGGUGACCAAUAUCUUUGGCCAUUUAAAGCUGCUCUUGACAUUCACUUUAACCUGAUUUCUCCAGGGAGAGUGGAGGAGAGUGAGGAAAGGACGUCUGUGUCACUUGCCUUGGUGUCGAGCACUGCUGUCCUUGCCCCAUGGGUCUAGCCUGAAUCCCUUGUGUGAAUCUCGUGUGUGCAUGCGAGGCAGGUUGUAACCAGCAGGUGGCACUCUACUCACAGGUGCCUGACCUCAAGCCCAGGAGAUGGAGUUCAGGUUUAGAUUCUGCUGAGGUUGACAGGGGUCCCCUUAGGAUCCUGGCACGGAGCUAAGUGCUGCCCCGUCUGCCAGUAUUUCUCAGAAUAGACCGUGCAUCAGAAACACUGGAGGACUUUCGUGAAAACACAGAUCCCUGGGUCUCGUUCCCAGAGCUCCUGAUUCAAUGAGUUUGCAGUGGGUCCUGAGAAUUCACAUUUCUAACAAGUCCCCAGAUGCGGCUGCCAGUCCUGAUGACUCAAGGACCGAACUUUGAGAACUGCUGCUGUGCAGUAUCCCAUUUAAUCAUCCCACCCCUCUCUGGGCAAGCAGCAUCCAGGUACCAGUGAAGAAGCUAAAUUCCCGACAGGCCAAGCGACCUGGCCUAGGCCACAGAGCUGGAGAAUGGGGAAGAGCCAACCAGCACGGGCUGCUCUGCCCUCUGCCUCAAGGGCACUGUGGCUGGGGUGGGUAUGAGCCCCUCUCCUGCGAGGGCAGUAAGAGGAGAGAGCAGGGUAGGGGUAAGCAGGGUACUGAAAGGAGGCACGGGGCGCUGUUAGACUGGCAGUCAUUCCUGGUGUCCACAGUGUAGAAGCACUAUUGCUUCUAUUGAAAUCUAGCCUCAUAAUACUGGCCAAUGAGCACUCACACCGCGGAUGCCGUGCUGCCGCCCUGACACCCCUCCCUUUUCAGGACCGAAGCUGUGGCUCCCCCAGCGGCUGACUGCGCUCAGCUGGGUCCUUUCCUGGACUGUCCUUUCCAUGCAACUGCUUUUUUUUUUGAAUUUUAUUUUAUUUAUUUUUUUAUACAGCAGGUUCUUAUUAGUUAUCCAUUUUAUCCAUAUUAGUGUAUAUAUGUCAAUCCCAAUCUCCCAAUCACACCACCACCCCCCCAUGCAGCUGCUCUUUCCACAAGAGAGCCAGCUCACCCAAGGUCAUGCCUGCUCCCUGGGGGUGGCCCACAGUCGCUGACGGUCCCUUCUUCCAACUCAGGACAACUCUGAAGAUGCCUCAUAGCUCCAGGGCUCCCCAGGGCGGCCCAGCUUCUCCCUCUGUCCUGCCGCCUCCCCUCCUUACCCCGCAGGUGUGCAUCCUGAAGGCUCUCCCCAAACACGUCCUGCACACAAAUCUCAGUCUCCCGGGAACCUAUCCUGCCACAACUUGUUAUGUACCAGGCACUGUUCUGAGCAUUUACGCAUAUUAUUUCAAGGAACCCUCCCAACAUCCCCAGGAUGUAGGUAUUUUUAUUAUCCCCAGUUUAUGGAUGAGAAAACAGAGGGAAAGGCUAAGUAACUUGCCCAAGGUCACAGAGCUAGCAAGCUGCACAGCCAGGAUUCCUAUGCAAGCUCUGAAGUGUUACACACACUGUCUUCUAGAACAUUCCUGUGGUCUAGUCGCGAAGAAAUUAAACAAAGGAAACAGUUGAAGAA